ACCACACGGCAAGCCUAACACGCAUAUGCGCAGAACCAUCUUGGGCUGAUAUCACAGUCUGUAGUCUGAUUGUCGCCGAUACCGGAAGAAAUUACCGUGGUCUUAGUUUUGCUUGGGAAUAUUUAUUGGCUUCCUAACAUGGUUGCUGAGGAGCAGCCCGGAAUCCCCACGAAUCGGGUGAUAUCGUGAGCAUCGCCCCACACUGUCGCGGUGUGACACCAAGUCUACCAAAACGAUACAUGAACAGGAGCGGUAAGCAUUUUCCAAGUGAUCCUGUCAUUGUGUGACUCCAUCGUUAUACUGAUAUGACAAUCUGUAACUUGGUCGUUCAGCAGCAUGACGUUAACACCUGAGUCUGUGACCAUGGAUCUGGAACUGGACAAUGAGAACUUCGGCUAUGUGAAUGGAAACGUCUCUGAUGGGAUGCUGAGUUUCGACUUGAAUAGUACAAGCAGAAGACCCACACCGAGAUUCAGGAGGAUACCAACCAUGGAUCCCAUGAUGGCCACGCUCCUUCAGUUCCAGUUCUACGGAUAUCCUGUGAUCCUAACCAUGGGAACAAUUGGGAAUGUGCUUGCUUACGUGAUUUUCACACGAACCCGCUUAAAGAAAGUGUCGUCGGUUCAAUAUUUAGCUGCGCUUGCCAUUACCGACACUGGCUUUUUGUGGACAUCGUUUCUUACUCCAUUAUAUGGAUAUUAUAAGGUACCUAUUAUCAUCCAAGAUGGAUUAUGCCAGUUCAUGACAUUUCUCAACUAUGUGUUUACAUUUUUGUCUAUCUGGUAUCUCGUAGCUCUUGUUGUGGAAAAAUUUAUUGGAGUUUACUGGCCUAUGCAAAAAAGCACCAUGUGUACACCAUUUAGAGCAAAAUUAGUUAUGUCCUUCAUGGCCGUUGUUGCAGUGGCGUGUUAUUCAUAUGUUGUGUAUUUCUUUGGACCCGAUAAAUUUUAUGGCAUUUUGCAAUGCAUGCCUUGGAAGGAACUCCGACUUCAUUUUGAAAAUUUGAGCAAAAUUGACACCUUCGUGAUUGCUAUAAUUCCAUAUGGAGUCAUCGUCAUCUUAACAGCUCUCAUUAUGAUCAGAGGUUGUGAGUAUUAUCGCAUCUCUGCUUCAGUGGAAUUGUUUUCUCAUCAGAAUCAAAACGGAAGGACGGGAUCACAAACUUCGGCACAUGUAACGAAGAUAGUAUUUCCUGUUGUUAUCUUGACAGUAAUGAGUAAUCUUCCUGUUAUGAUCCUCAGAACCGCAAUGACCAUCCAUGGGUUAAAAAAUCCUCAAAUUGCUAAAUGGAAUCAGGUGUUUUAUGUUGUGUAUAUUAUCAACUUUGCAAUCAAGUUCAUUGUGUAUAUUACAUUUUCUGGGAGCUUUCGACGCCGAACAUUGGAAGUACUUAAAAAAGGAUAUGAUCAAAUGAAACGAGCUUGUCGACAAGGCGUAGCACAAUCUGAAACUGAUGCACACCGGAUAAACAUGGAACCAAUGCCUUCAGAAAAGAAUAAAUCUGGUCGAUUGAAGAAAACCGAUAUUUAAAUGUAUUGUGACAAAUAGUUUUGGUUGUUCAUGUAGGACGUGAUGCAUCCAGCACUUCGCUCAUGGGUAACGCACUGAAAAAAUCUUGAGUGUUGAAUAGUAUCAACACAUAGUAAAUAUCCAUUGCUGUAAGAAAACACGAGAAAUGCCGAUGCCGAAUCCAUGGUUUCGUUUGAUUUUAUACCUUCUCGUAAACGCGAAUAAAUAAAUCAUCAGGAGGCCAAACAUCACAAGGUUGGUCAUGUGCGAUCGAUAUAUUGAUAAUUCAAAUUUCAUGUAUUCCAGUAAAUUAUGCAGAGUUAACAGUAAGUUACACGUGACCGGUAUAAGUCAAGAUGUAUUAAAUGUCUUCAAUAGUGACACUUGCACUUUGAAUUAAUGUGAGGGGCAUGUGAUAUUUCCAAUGACAAUGGCAUCUGAAGACCAUUUGUGCAGCAGAUGAACCUCGUGUUGAUAUGUUAUAUUUAUGAUGUUAUCUACACACAUAUACUUUAAUUUAGUAUCUAAGCAUCAAUCAGUUAAAACGUGCUGUUUAUACAUUGUUGUACAUUCUUGUAAUUUGUUUCGUAUAAGGAAUCACGCCAUUGUCUUGAUUCUUUGCUUAACAUAAGAAAACAACACAUUUUUCAGAUGCAAGCUGGAUGUUUUGACGUGUUAUUGUAUUAUUGCUACCAAAACGAUAUUCUGUGUCAAAACAAUCAAUAAAAACAACAAAUGUGUCUGAUCCACCAGACGAACAUCUGCUUUGGUUUGUUGCAGAUAAAUACGUCGUUCAUUGAAACGCGCUACACGGAAUCGAAGCUUAUUUUAAAGAUUAUCCAUUAUGUUAAUUAGGGUCCGAUUGACUCAAUAACAAACAAACUCUGCCUGCAAUCACUUUUAUGCAGUAAUCCAUUUGCCGAUGUAAGCCAUGUCUGAUUGAGCUGUUAGCGCGGACAUAUCCUUUCACUUAUCUCACUGAGUGCUACACAACAAAAUAUUAAGUAAUACUUACUGUUUUUGUUAAUUUCACUUGAUACAAAGGUCCCUGUGUUACAGCGAUUUCUCUGGUUGUGAUGUAAUCGUACUCUACAAUAAUGGCUGACAACAAAUUGGCUUUGUCCUAAUGGUGACGGUUGAUGUAGAGAUGACUACGUUCGAACAGAAAGGAGAAACACCGGUACACCAGACACAAACACUGAUGUGUGAGCAAUAUUUAGCUCGCCGGACCUCCAAUAAGCCACCUUGUCUGACGGAUAAACAUCGUUCCCUCUGGUAUCGUAGGACAGCUGAACAUGGCAAAGCGUUCACACCAAUGACACCAACAUUUGUCCUGUCGUACGUCAUAUAUGGCUGCAACAUUAUUGAAAAAAACCAAAACAUUGGCUGCAGUCAUUGUUACCCAAAAAUGAAAUGGAAUUGGCUGUCUUGAUCCAUUUGAUGUCGCCAUAAACAUGUCAGUUGCGUUUGUUCCGUAAUGUAACCAUGUCAUUUAAAACUCGUCGAGGGAAGCCUUGAUUGGAGUCACAAAACCGUGGCAAGUCAUAUUUUAAAACCUAUUUUGGCUGCCAAAUAUCAAUGCUUACAAAUGAUGUUAUGAAUUCAAUAUGUUAUCGGUAUGGUAAUGCGACUUUGGACUUUGGAACAUUUGUCUUUCGUAUCUGUUGCUCUGAAUAUAUUGCUGCCUUGAAUUGCUUUUGUUUAUGAAAAUGAAUGAGAAUGAUAAGAUAAAACGUUGGAAUCGUAGUUGUGGUUAUCGCAAUGUGCAGUGACGGCGCCGUCAUCAUAUAAUGAACAAAACAAAUUGUUGCAUAUUUUCAAUGUUUUGCUGCAUUAUGACUUGUAGACUUAAUAUGUUAGUGAAUUGCCUCAGUAUCUGUUAACACGUUGAAUGGUUUAACUUUGAGGAGGAUGGAGACAACGGAGCUAGAAUGUGGUCAUGUGUUCGCAAAGGGUAAGCAUCUCCAGCUCGACCGUUAGCACCCGUCACUGCAGACAAAUGUAAGUGUUUCUUGCCAAGCCGCACAGGAGUACUGCCAUAUGACGGCUGACUGUAAACAAUCGAGUCUUGACCAGACAAUCUAAUGCUGGUGGACAAGAUCUUUGACGCGAUAGCGCUUUUCCUGAUUUUGUUGACACUUAAAAACGAAAUGGUGUCAUGGAAGUAUAAUACAUUCCUCAAAGUUGGCUUUUUUAAGAUAACAUGAUGAAAUGUCUUUCAAGUAUGUUGAGGGGCUCACGUGUUUCAUGUUGCGGUGAUGGUAUUGGGACAGCCUAUGUGAAGUUGUGCCAGAUGUUUCGAACUAUUCAUUACGAAAAUAGUUAAUAUUGUCUUCAUUCAUCUUCCCACAGCAAUAACGGGAAGGCAUGCGAUGUGUCACGCUUUGCAGCUGAUAUCUCCAAGUCCAAUCUGUUACACUGUGAUGUGUUACAAAUGACGGUGUGAAGUUUUGUGGUUGAUAGAUUAAGUAUUUAUCUUCAUGGCAUUAACAUUUUAAAUGUUUUUGUAUAUAAUGGGCAAUUUUAGCUUCAAAAUCAUUCACGCUUUUAACUUAACGACCCCCAUACGACGUUUACCACUUUGAUGAAACAUUUGUGACAGAACCAAAAACCAUUUCCAUAAUCAUGAAAUCAACGAGCAUAGUUGUGGUGCGGCACACCAAAAUUCAUAACCCACAGGGCCAUCAGUGAAAGACACUGAUUUCAACCCAGCGUUACGGACAUCACUAAUUCUUUUGCCGAUAAUCUCCCGAGCUAUGAUAACUGCGCUCACAAAAUGCAAAAUGUAACGUGUUCUAUGUUGAACAAUGACAUUGAUGAUGAAAUGGUCUGAACCAAAAUGUCGCCCUGACAGAAUAGUGGAAGGAAAUCGCAGUCUUCUAGCAACAACAACGUUUUCCGACUGGUUAAUAUGGAAAACAUACACAAUGCAGCCUAUGAUGGAUGAAAAUAGUAAUUAUGAGACAUAGAAAGGGACAUUUGGUAAAAACCUUUUGAUUGAUAAUAUAUACAAGUAAACCAUACGUAGUAUGUGGAACUUGGUUAACUGCAGUGUAUCGUACAUGUAUCUAUAGAAAAUUUGUCCCGAUCAAUUUAGGAGUUCGCUUCAAGUACAGAGUUGUAUUUCCUGUGACCUAUUAAAGAUAAAAAAUGUCUUCAAGACGGAUUUGAAAAAACAGGGCACAGUCUUGCCAUUAUAAUGACUGAAACACAGUAUAAUGUAUAUUGUACCAUAUUCGGCUAUGACUAUAUAUACGCCCAUGACGUGACGAAUUAAAAACCAAAUGGUCAGUCACUAAUACAAAGUAUCCGUGUUAAUUUAAUGUUGCACCCUGAGAUAUAUUUUACAUCAUUGAGUCAUUUAAGCAUCUGUCCCAGCAAGUAGAAGAAGAUGAAGGUAGAUGACUUGGGUGAUAGCAUCAAUCACUGGAUGGUCUAGUCCAGAUACGAUUAUUUACUGGUCGCUGUCAUAUCUCUAGAUUUAGUGCAAACACGCACGCGCGCCUUAUCGCAGUUCUCGCUCACAUGUACACAGCCAUUAUAACAGAGGCAGAGAUUAAACAGUAAGUGUUGAUAUUUACGAUUUGUGGAUUGUUGAUUAAAAUUGUUACCGGCUCUUAUUCUGGCUGUCAAAUAAGUUAUAUUCUUGUCGCUAUUGGUCAGUUAUAUCGUAAAAGUUGAAGGAAGAAGGUCAAAGGACCCGCUUCUGGAUCUCCUAUUGUCGUGACUCAACCUUGCGUGGAACACACUUAGUGUUCUCCUUAUGCCUUUUGAACGUGGGGUCGUCUCGUCUUUGACUAUGAAAAGCACUCCAUGGUGAAAAUGUACAAUUUUUGUUGAUCCAAUAAAAGCACGUU